AUGCCUGGAACCAAGUAUAACAAAUAUGAUCCUGAAAAGGUAGAUUUGGCUACAGUGGCACUCAAGGCGUUUGGUAUAGGUGUGGUUUUGCUGGUUUGCUUGGGUAUGUUGAUUUUGCAUGUUUCAAAUACUCAUCAAUAUGGAGUGACUAUCAUUCGAAUAAGCUGUUAUUUGGCGAUAAUUUCCACGUUCCACAUGUUGGAAUUUUUGUCCACUUGUCUAUUCAAUAAUUCUCAGGUGGACGAUGACUCGUUUAUCUUGAAUGAUACCGAAUUGCAUUUCGUUUUAUUGGGGUCUUUAAUCGAGGUGAUUUUCGAGCCGUUCAUCUUUGACUGGUCGUCUAAUUUGGGAUUAAUUAUUGCACUUAUGGGCCAAGUUUGUCGAACUGGAGCCAUGUAUACUGCCCGGGAAUCGUUCAAUCAUUAUAUUCAAAGAGAAAAAGACGAUACUCAUGUUCUCAUCAAACAUGGAAUCUACAAGUAUAUUCGACAUCCCAGCUAUUUUGGAUUUUUCUGGUGGUUUAUAGGCACCCAGCUUUACUUGGGUAAUACCGUCAUCUUGUUGGGCGGAAGCUUCAAAUUGUGGAAAUUUUUCAAGGCGAGAAUCGAUUAUGAAGAACUGCUUUUGAUCAAGUUUUUCAAGAACGAUUAUGUUCAAUAUCGAGCGGCCACUCCUGUGGGUAUACCGUUCAUACGCUAA